AUGGUGUGCCAAAGGCCCCUUGGUUCCCAUUUAGAAGGGGACCAGGGAUGCUGCACCCCAGCAGCUCCCGGGCUGAAAGGGGGGCCCCCCACAGUUUUUUCCCCAUUUGGAAAUUGGGGUAGUACAUGUGAUGGGUCCCUGGGCUUCAGACAUUUCCGUCUUGGUCCCCAUGCUCUCAAGAAUUUCACUUUUUUCCCUCGUCCCCCAAAUCCCUAUGAAAGAUUACCCCCCACAGGGGUCCCGGGCCAAGCCUUGCGGGACAACAUCCCCAAACCCCGGGUUUGGGGUCAAUUUUGGGUCCUCGGCCCCAAACAUUUCCCUUUAAGGUCCACCAAAAAGGGGAUCAAAAAACACGGCCCACCCCCCGGGAAACCCAAAGGCCCGGGAAAGUUAUCCGGGGACCCCAUUUUGGGCCCAAGGGGGUCAGGGGAAGGCCGGAAAGGCACGAAAGCCCGGGGGGAAAAACGUGAAAACCCGGGAACAGUUGGCGCUCAAGAGGGCGCCAAACGUUAUGGGUCCACUUUUAAAAGGGGAGCACUGCCUACCCGGUCUUACAACCAAAAGGGGAAACCCGAAGCGGGCGAAAGGGAGCAGAAAUUUGACACCCACACACCAAAGGGGGCCCGGGGCCGGGGAAAGGCUAACACCGACCGGGAAAACGAGGGCCGGGGGCAAGCCCCGAAAAAGGACCUUAAACCCAAACCUCCGGCAACCCAACCGGGGACCAGCGGGGAGACCGCCCCCCAAGCGGGAAACCCCGGUUCCCCGGGCCACAUGGGCACCAACGGACCCACCCCCUUUGAAGGGGGCCCCUUUUAA